GGUCAGGAAUUUGGGGGGGGGAACACGUCUCGACCAAUGGCAGCGCCGCAACCAUGGCAACGCCGCCAUGCCGCCUGAGGGCAAGGCCGCCUCUGCCACAAGCUCCGCUUUUUCCCUCAGUACGCGGCGACACCGCUCCUAAUUAACACCGCCAAUUACCCGCGCGCCCGCCUUCCCCUCCCGCUAAUUAGCGGCGCUCAUUAAGGACCCGCCGCGGUCACAACACUCGGUCCUCCAGCGCCAUAGAGCUGGCGGGCAGAGCGGCCCGCGCGCGCUUCCGGCGCGCACCGGAAGCGCCGCCUCUCUCCCACAACCCCCCGCGCGCUCCCUCUCCCGCCUCUCUCCAGCGCCGCCAUCAUGGGCAUCGACAUCCGCCAUGACAAGGACCGCAAGGUGCGGCGCAAGGAGCCCAAGAGCCAGGACAUCUACCUGCGCCUGCUGGUCAAGAUCCGGAUGAUGCGCAAGCCGGGGCGCGCUGACACAGUUUGGGUUAUUUCUCACAUGUUUUUGAGCUGUUUUUCCCUGUUUAUUUGGAUAUAUUUCCUCACAGAUUUUUGGGUGAAUUUCUCACAGAUUUGGGAUUUAUUUCCUGACAGUUUUUGGGUUGUUUUCCCCAGAUCCGGAUGAUGCGCAAGCCGGGGCGCGCUGACACAGUUUGGGUCAUUUCCUCACACAUUUUUGGGUUAUUUCCUCACAGAUUUUGGGCCAUUUCCUCAGUGAUUUUUCAGCCAUUUUCUCACAGAUUUUUCAGCCAUUUUCUCACGGAUUUUUGAGCUGUUUUUCCGUGGUUUUUGGGUAAUUUCCUGACAGAUUUUGGGUUGUUUUCCCCAGAUCCGGAUGAUGCGCAAGCCGGGCCGGGCUGACACAGUUUGGGUCAUUUCCUCACUGAUUUUGGGUUAUUCCUCACAGAUUUUGGGCCAUUUCCUCACAGAUUUUUCAGCCAUUUUCUCACGGAUUUUUGAGCUGUUUUUCCGUGGUUUUUGGGUAAUUUCCUGACAGAUUUUCUGUUUUUUCCCCAGAUCCGGAUGAUGCGCAAGCCGGGGCG